GUCAAUAAGCGGAAUCAUGAAUCAUCAACCCCCAAGAAGAAAGUCCAGAAGAAGAGAAAAGAGCAAAAAGAGUUCAGGUCUGAACCUCGUGAUUUUGGUAGAGCAUUGAAGAAGAAAGGAAAAAAUGAAGGCGCAUGUACGUCAGGCUGUAAGGUGAAACAAAAGGUUGGUUGGAUCCCGAAUGAUCCUAAAGACUGUCCUCAACCAAUUAAUUGGAGAUCUCCUUCAACUCCUAUAAAUAAGAGAGCUAAGAUUUCAAACUUCAAUACUGGUGGCAACUCUUCUGUAUCUCACUCAUCCAGAAAGUCCAACAGGCUUGAUUUUGACAAUUCUGCUUCUUAUGGGUCAGGCAAUUAUCAUCACCAUAGGUUUUCAGCAUCUGGUGUUUUUGAUAACUCAGGCAAUUAUCAUCACCAUAGGUUCUCAGCAUCUGGUGUUUUUGAUAACUCAGCUUCUUAUGGUCCAGGCAUGUAUCAUCAUUACCAUGGGUUUUCAGCAUCUGGUGAUUUGGGUAAUUCAGCUUCUUAUGGUCCAGGCGUGUACCAUCCUUACCAUGGGUUUUCAGCAUCACCAUUUGGCAACAUUAGUCACGAUAGGUGGAGAAGAAACAAUGGUUGGUAGCGGAAAUUGUUUCUCAUGUGUAGUUAUUUUAAUGGUUGAGAGCUUCUUAGGAAGGUCUGAGAACCGGCUUUCGUUCAUAAUACAUGGAGACUGGUUGCACGAGCUCAUUAAUUCAUCUCGGACUUUUCAGGUUGUUUGCCCAAGUGAGUGUAUGGAACUGAGCUUGUUCUCGUCAGCUGUAGUUCCCUGCCAUUUAGCUGUUUGUAACUUGCUUUGUGCCUUUUAUUCCCUUCUUUUCCCUGAUGCAUCUUGAACUAAAUGUUACUCUUCUUUUCGCCCAAGAGGCGUGUAACUUUAAACACAGUUUUAAGUUUAAAUACCAACUGAAAUGCAAUUUCUGAUG